CACCCGAGCGGAAGGACCACACUGCGCAAGCGCAGAUCAAACGGUCGCGCGGAGGAUUUGAGUUUUGUUUGAAUGGCUGCCUGGGAGCUAGACGAGUAAAAAACAGUGUUUUUAAGUUUUAGCAAUGUAGAAAUGGCAGCAAAGCUCAACCUGUCGGGGCCGCCGGACUCCGAAACAUCGUCAUUAAACGACCAAACGGUGUCCAGUCGUAGCAGCAAUAGGAGUCUGAGAGUCGCCGAAAAGGAGAAAAGAAAAAACGAGGCGGAGGACCCGUUUGUCCUGGCCCUGAAAUACUUCACUGACGUUCAAGCAGGAACUCCUGUGACUGGGAAUGAUGAGGUGGAAAGGCACCUGGUGCAGGUGGAGAGGGUGGCCUACAACAGAGGAUUGUCCUCAGAGGCCAUCUCCAUUAUGCUUGAGUUUGCCAUGAGCCUCCGUAUGGGGACCACUCUGUGUGCCAGGGUGCUCAAAUGUUUAAUCCCUGCAGCGACUGUGCCACAGGAGGCUGUUGUUCGAGCCGUGGUUUGGCUAGGUGUCGGUAAAAUACCUAUAACUACACAGGUCCUUUUCAUAAAGUGGGUGUUGACUGUAUUUGACAUGAUCGAUGCGAAGGACCAGCUUCGUGCUAUCUACGGCUUCAUCUUCGGUUUUGUCACGGAGGAAAAUCUGUGCCCUUUCAUCUGUCAUCUGUUGUACCUCCUGACCAGAAAGGAGAGUGUCAGAGUCUUCAGAGUAAGGAAGCUUCUGGAGCUACAGUCUAAGCUGGGAAGGCAGCCGUUCCUGCUGCACCUCCUGUCACUUUAUAAAGUGUUCUGCCCUGAACUGGUGACGCUCUCCAUUCCAUCACGAAUGAAGAGUGGGUUUAAGAAUCACAACUCUCCCUGGAAAUCAACGUUGUUGGCGGUCCAGAAAAGGAAUGGGUCCCAGGUCGCAUCCAGCAUCGGUCCAGCCUUCACAGUUAAAACCAACUCCAGGAAAAGGAAACACUGCCACCUGGAGUUUCCAACAUUGAAUUCUGUUGUCAAUAAAACGACUCAGGCUGAGGCGUCCUCCAGCAGAAAGCUGGUCCCCCUGGUGCAGCUCCACUCCUUUGCUCAGCUGCUGGAAAAUAUGGACCGUAUUGAGCUGCCCGCUCAGAUGGGCUCUUUGCUGGGCUCCAGUCUGGCUCUGCAGUACCUGGACUGUGUACAGGAUGAGUCCGCCCUCCUACGUCUCAACUUCUGGCUCGGCUGCGCUCUCCAAGAAGAGUUUUUGUUCUGCAGUGACGGAGGAGCCUCUCAGAAUUCAGAGGAAGCUUUGCAGUUUUUAAACAAGUUGCUGUCUACACAUCACUUUCUCCAGGAGGGGUUUAUCCAUUCAGAAGCUUUUCUCUACAAAUUUCUGAACGUGUGGGACGGCUCGCUCCUCCGCCCGGAGAUCCUCGGCCUGCUGAGCAACAUCCCCGUCGUCCCCAGCUCCCAAAUAGGACGACUUCUCUUUGAGCCCCUCAUGCAGCUCUUCUUCACAUCCUCACUGUUUUUCAAGUGUGGACUUAUGGAGUGUCUGAACAGCAUGCUGUUAAAGUGGCUGACCUGGCACUCGGUGUACGCGCUGGAAGACGACCUGGACAUCAGCCUUAACAGCCACACCUCCAUAAACAUGACUCUGUCAGGGUUCAAGGACUCCGUGAUGGAGCUGGUCCUCUUUGUGGGUCGGCUGGCUUCUGUGGGGCUCCAGCUUGAAGGCUGUCACUCUCUCCUCCUCCACUUUGCCCUGGACUUCUAUGAGACGGUGUGUGACACGUUUCUGAAGUUUGGGCUCCCCCUCGUCUUAAUGCCUCCACCUGGUGUCUUUUACCCCGCCCUGUUAGCCACCGACGCCGUCAGUGUGGACAGACUGGCCUACAUCAUGUACAGGUACAAAGUGAACCUGACAUCAGCCAAGAGUCAAGAAAGAGUCACAGAGCAGGCCUUUCACAUCAGCCGCCAAACUUUCCGAGAGUUCAACAACUACGGGUGGUCAUGGCAAAACUGUCUGUGGAACUCCAAAAUGUUUCAUCCAGGGAUGGGAGUAAAACUGGGAGAGGAGCUGCUGAAGAGCAACGUGAAGCAGCACUGGUGCAGCUUCGACCUCAUCCCCCCGGCAUUCAUGAGUUACGCCGUCGACUUCAUCAGAAGGUGAUGUUGGCCGGGAGGAAAGGACAUGGACCUCAAUUCCAUAAAGCUUUCUAAGCCAUGGAUUUGGUACCUGGAGUAUUUGUUCACUCAAGGCUUUGACGGCCUCCAACAGUUUUUUCAGGGCAGCAUCAAACGGCAGGAGACAUCUGCCAGCGGCCAGGGCGACGGCCAGGAGGACAGUGUGUCCACACAGCCGAGGUAGAGGAUCAACUCAGUCAUGACAAAGAGAAACCACUCACUUCCUGCCAUUUUUUUCCUCAAAGACUUGUACAUAUUUUAACUUUUACCUUCAAAGAGAGCCACAUGAAACCUAUCUGAGUCUUUCCAUGUACAAAGAUAUACAUGUUUUUUAAUCUAUUGUCUCAUACUAUCCCCUGUCUUCAUCAAUAGACCGUAAGGCAUUGUUAGUUAUCAAUUUAAUUUAAACCCAUUUUACAGGAGGGAUUGUACUUUUAUUGCUAAAAAUAGAAAACAAGAAACAGAAGGGGAGUCAUUGUAACCCACAUUGUUACAUUGGUGAGAAUUUACGUGAAAUGAUCCACAUUGGUUUUGACGUGAUACUAUAACAGUAAAAGUAAUUUAAAUUGAAUGAUUCUUUUUCAUGUUUUCUUCCUUUCUUUGCAAUAAAACAAGCCUUCCCUUGUUCAAUGUCAACUCUCCCACCUUAACACAUCUUCCCUUGACUUGCUUUUUAUUUUUCUUGUAUAGCUUUUUGUGUGGAAACCUUGAUAUUUGCACUUUGUUGGAAAUAAACAAGUGUGAGCCUUUUACUUUAGAAGCAAAUAAAAUAUAUUUUUUGUCUCAA